CAGGCAUCUGGAUGCCAGCCUCCAGACUACCGAGCGAAUUCACUCAAUGGCAUCUGCUGAUAGAGCAGACCUUGCUCGUCUACCAACGAUGUGGCGAUCUCCAACCGUGGUUCUAAAGCAUGACCUCAGCCAGCUUAUCAAUUUCGGUACGGGCCGACGACGCCAUUUGCCGUCUUUGAGCUCAGCAAAUACCACGCAUGCCGUGUCGCCAAAACGAUAUAGCAUAUCCUCCGGUUAUGCUGUCGCCCAAAUCCACCAGGCGAUCACUCCACGACAGGAAGUAACGCCACAUCCAUCACACAUCUGGCAGACGCUUGGGCAAAGGGGCGCCGCCUUCGAGUCCAGAGUGGCUCGGUGCCAGGCUCCACCACGACACGACCCGCUUUUGCCGUUCAGGGGUUGGGGGUGUGUGUCUGCUGACACCAGCACCCGAUUUCAGAGUCGAUUCCAUUCUUGGUCUUCCCUUUCAAGCCUGGCGUCUCGCCCAAUCAGAAUAGGAGAUGCGACCGGUGUGCAAGUGGUCGCAGGCCACAACCAUUCAGACUUUUGUCAAGCAUGACUUAGUGUAGACCGCGAGAGGCAAUAUUCAGCAGGG